GAGAGGAUCGUCUCACUGUAAACCCUACGUGAAUCAUUCAUCUUUCUUUUAAACUAAAAAUUCAUUCACAUUCAGAAAAUGAUUUAAAAUUUCACAUCAUUCGUAUAUUAAAGAUUAAGUUGUCUAAACGUGUUUGAUACCAAUUGAUAUAUUUUUGACGAAAAAUAGAAUAAAACGUAUCCAUCAUAUGAAUUUAUUUCGAUGUAGUCGAUUAAGAAUCAAAUCAUCGUGCGGUAUUUUUAUUUACUUAAAUGAAUACUUUGAAAAAAAAAACUGAUAAUACGUAGUGAAAGUAUUUUUAACAAAAACCUAAGGAAAUAAAGGUACUAUGUGUAGGUACUGACAAAGAUACAAUACAUUGUUACAAAAAUAUAAUUACAGAACAAAAAUUAUCAAUAUUUGUUCCAGAACAAGUUCUCUUCUUUAAAUGGGUUGAUAAUUUCAAGAAAUCUUCCUGAAGUUAGGAAAGGACCAGAAUCAAAAGUUGUUCAACCCUGACCACAUUGAUCGAAAAAGUGUCUUACUAAGAAGUGAAUCUAAUAAACGCUUAAAAUUUUUGUAUGAACUUCAUCGUAUUACACAUAGUAACUCAUAUUCAAGAAAGUAUGCGAAUAUAAUUUACAUGUUAAAAAAAGGUGGCCAAUAAAGUGAAACAAAACUCUUCCAAAAAGCUUACUGGAUAAACAUAGUUUUUAAAAAAUGUUAAAAGUAGUAGGAGCAAACGAAUGGAAAACUAGGAUUGGGUCUUACAUUCUCAUAUCCACAUGUAUCUUAUGUGUCCUUCUUGUCAUAACAGUUACUAUAGAACGAAAAGAAAAGAGCCAAACAUAUUGCAGCACUGUAUUUUGGUCACCUAAAGCGGGAUUUAGUAUUAAAAAUUGGGGCCAGAGUAAUGGUGAUAUAUCUAAAGGCGUAGCAAGAGCAUGUUACAAACAUUCAAUUUUUCAAAAUGGUUGGUCUUUUUUGGAGAUCGAAACACAAGCUGAUUAUCCUGAUAGGAUUCAAGCCUUCGCAGCUGGUAUGCUAGAGGGAUCAUUAACAUGGAAACUUAUAUAUGAUCAUUGGUCAAAUACUAUAGGGUCUGAAUGCAACAAAAAUGAUGAAUCUCAAAAAUUCUGUUCAUGGGCAAAAAACAUCCUUAAAAGAAAAUAUGAAAAUUCAAAAACCGAGUCUGAGAUAAAAGAACGUGAUAGUCCUUAUUGGUAUCAAAUUCGUUUAUUUUAUCAUCAAAUGGCAGGUCUACAACAUGGAUGGCAGCUAGGUGUUCAUGAAUCUAGAGAAGACAUAAAUAUUCCUGAGGAAGAUUUUCGUCUUCUUAAUGCUAUAUCUGAUUGGUGUGACAUACAAGAUUAUUAUAUGAAGUUUAUCGAUCCUGCUUAUAAUAAUAGACACCGCCAUAAGUAUGCAAAUUUAUUUAUAAAGCUUUUGAGCGAUAGGAAAGUACUCAUUGGACACAGUACCGAUGACCUGUACUCUUCAAUGUUACGCAUGCACAAACAUUACUACUUCCGUUUUCAUAUUUCGUCAAUUACUAACAGUCUAUCAGUUCAUGGAAUAAAUAUAUCCUUCACAGGAUAUCCUGGUACUAUAUAUAGUUCAGACAAUUAUUACAUAAUUCAAAAUAAGGAAGAACACUUUUUAAUUGGUGGGAUUCGUAUGGAACAAAAAAAUAAGACAGAAUGGGAGAAAUACAUUAAUGAUAUUUCCCCAAUAUUAGGUGCCCGUGUUAUGGCAGCAAACCGUUUAGCACAAAGCGGUAGGUCGUGGUGUAAAUACAUGUCACAUAGAUCUUCAACUGAUGUUAAACAGUGGAUGAUAGUUGAUAUCAAUGGCUUUUUAAAAAACAAAUCGAAUAAGAUUGUUGAGAAGGAAGGAAAAUGUAGCAAUGUAGGAUUCGUGUAUGUUGCAGAUCAAGUUUUUGGUAAACUUAAUUAUAAGGAUAUUACUGAAUAUAUAUGUAAAACAGAAUACUGGUUCUCAACUAGAACCUCUUACAUUGACGGGUCUAUCAAAAAGUGCAAUACAAAUAUGUCUAGUCAAUGCGAAGAUUAUAAUUUUGUUGAGUUUUAUCAGCAAAAUAUUACCACUUUACAAGGUUUAGCAACAUUAUUAAAUUGUUUGGGUAAUAAGGGAGUUUUGAAUUCCGAAAUUUAUGAAUUUUUUGGUAAUGUUGACAUGAAAUUGUAUUCUGCUUCGUUGUCUGGUUCAAUAGAAUAUCUUUCGAAUGCAAGACCUGUUCAAAGUCUUGAAUUCAAUAACUCUACCCAUCAGGUAAAUCGGAAAGAAAUUUCAGCAAAACUAAAACAAAUCUGCUGGUCAAAAUUUGUACCAACACUGUACGACGGUCAGCCGGAUAUAUUUGAAUUUGAUUUUGUCAGUCCAACUUGGUCUUGGGUUAGUUAGACAAAAUUUCAUAUUUCAAUCAAUCUAAUCUAAUCUAAUUUCAACCUAAUACAAGAAAAAAAUAAAUGAGAUCAAGAUGAAUCAGAAAAAAUCAUGUGUGUCUAUAUAAUUUUUAUCUAUUUUUUAGUAGAGACAAAAUUUUUACAAAUUUCUUUUAACUUUAGUAUAAAAAAUAAUCAUGUGUGGUAAUCAU